AUGAUCAUCUUCAUCUUACGCUUUCAGGUUAUUUUUGCAGCAGAAGAUACACAAGAAAAGAGUGAUCAAGGAAGACCUGAUAAGAUAGCCAAUGACGACAUGGAAGUAGCAGAGAACCAAGAUUACUCGCGUCCGAACCAAUAUCGACCUCUUCCGCUGCCACACCAUCCCGUAAAAUCAGGAUUUGGUCCUUUGUUAGGCAGCCUGGAGAGUCAUUCCAUCCCUUUCAUACUACCAUUACCAGCUCAGAAAGGUUCUCUUAUUUUUCCUUCUCUGCUGCAGAAAACAAAACAAGGAGAAUUGGGAGGAUACUCAUCUGAUCACCGUUCACCCCAAGAUGGACAAGGUGGUUAUGGUUCCCUUGAAGCUACUUAUUCGUCCAAAGUGAAACCUGAAGAGAGCCCUGGAUAUUCUGGACAUCAAGGAUUCAGACCAGACCACCAGACCAAUAAGUUUCCAGAGUUUUCUAGCCUCCCUGGAAGUGAUCCUUGGCCAUUAACCCAGCCAGAGAUGCCCAAGAUUGUCCAUUUAGAUGUCAAAUGUGAAAAAAACCUUAUGAAAAUUUCUGUUGAGUUUGAUCAACCUUUUUAUGGAAUUAUCUUCAGUAAGGGUCACUAUAACCACGGUAACUGUGUCCAUCUACCUGCAGGAUCGGGUCGAAAGAAUGUCUACUUCGACAUAUCUGUUAACAGCUGUGGUACUAAAGGAAACACACAGAAUGGUCUUUAUGGUUACGGGGGAAACAGUGGUAGUGGAACAUUUUUCGAAAACACUAUUAUUGUUCAGUACGAUCCUCAAGUUCAAGAGGUGUGGGACCAAGGCCGGAAACUACGUUGCACGUGGCACGACCAUUACGAGAAGGCUGUCACUUUCCGACCUUUCCCGGUGGAUAUGCUAGAUGUAGUGAGAGCUGACUUUGCUGGAGACAAUGUCGGAUGUUGGAUGCAGAUCCAGGUAGGUAAGGGACCUUGGGCUACCGAAACAGCUGGAAUCGUUAAGAUUGGUCAGACCAUGACCAUGGUGUUAGCUAUAAAAGAUGCUGAGAAUAGGUUUGAUAUGCUGGUCAGAAACUGUAUCGCUCAUGAUGGCAAGCAAGUGCCUAUCAAGCUUGUUGAUGGUAGAGGCUGUAUCGUCAGGCCUAAGCUCAUGAGCAGAUUCACAAAAAUUAAGAAUUUUGGGUCCAGUGCGUCUGUUCUAUCUUUUGCCCAUUUUCAGGCCUUCAAAUUCCCAGACUCUAUGCAGGUUCAUAUUCAAUGUACCAUCCAGAUAUGCAGAUAUCAGUGUCCAGAGCAAUGCUCUUAUCCCUUAGACUCCAUUACUGUCCGCGAAGACAUCCAAGAACCGCCUCCAAGUUAUAUUUCUGCUGGUAGGCCACGAGAGGAACGUGAUGUUAGCUACAAUGAAGACGCAAAGAUUCCUAAUCACGACAGUAGUUCAGCGUUAGAAGAAAUGACCGAGAUCGGAUUAAACAAGAUUAUUCAUGUCGUUUCAGUUAGAGAUUUGUCAUUUUCGUUAACAGCCAAUGAUUCUGCACCAAUUUAUUAUACUCAAGAGCGAAAAGAAGGAAGCAUUGUCUGCAUGUCGACACUAAGUUUUUCUAUCUCCCUUGUAGUACUUCUGGCCAUUGUGAUAAUCUCAUCUGUUUUAUCAACAGUUAUUUAUCUUAGACAACGAACAGCAGAUGGCGCCAAGUUCUGGCUGCCUUAUAACCCGCCGGUUUUAACGAAAAACAAACCUUAA